ACACGGAUCCAGCGUGUCAAAAACCCUAAUCUCCAAACCCACUCCAACCUUCUAUAAAAACCCUGAUUCCCAUCCCCUUUCCCACCAUACCAUCGUCAUCAAAUCGAAAUCAAAACCAACAGAAAAGAAAACCAAAGAAAUCCCCAAAAAAAUUCCCAAAUGUCAGUGAUGAAUCUAACCUUAGCCGGGAAUCUGAGCUUCAAGACCUCGUCGGUGGGGAUCCGGAGGAGAGGAGCUGUGGCAAUGGCGGCAGCGGUGGCGCCGGCGAUGAGGAAAGAGAAGAAAGGGUUGUACGAGGUGCUGAAGGUGAGAGAAACGGCGACGGCGGGGGAGAUCAAGGUGGCAUAUAGAGCUCUGGCGAAGAGAUUCCACCCGGAUUUGGGGAAUGGAAAGGAUGGUAAUGAGAUGGAUUUCGUCGAGAUAAAUCGGGCUUAUGAGACGUUAUCGGAUCCGUUGGAGCGGGCCAAGUAUGACUCCGAGACCCGAAAAGGAGGGUUCGGAUUCGGGUACGGAAUGGAAAGACGGUUUCAGAGCCGACGAACUUGGGAGACGGAUCAGUGUUGGUGAGAAUGAGAUGGGUUGGGGGGGUUUGUACAGUUUUUAUGUUUUUUGGAGGUCGUUUUUGCAAAAUGUGGUUAUUUAUCACCUUCAUAAUUGCAUAUAUUUAUAUAUAAAGCAACGUUUAAUUCGGAUUAA